GCAGCUUCCUUUCACUUCUCUUCUGCCUUUGCCCUUCUCUAAGAUGGGGAGGGAGGGGAAAGAAUGAUGUCAUCGCAUGACUGUGUUUUUAUGAAUGAAAAGAAUCCUGUGAGUGAGUAAUUCCAGGAAACUCAUAUUACAACUCAGCAGAUCGCGGCGCAGCAGCCAGCUCAGCCCUUCUCCUCGGAAGACAACAACUUCAUUUUUACAGACAACAAACAAGGUGAUUUGCAGCCGCGUAAUCGUCGAGACAGAAAAGAGGGGGGUUUCCUUCCGAGAACGUAAAGAGAAGCGGGGAGCAAGGCAGCCAACAAAAGACUUGCUUCGGAGGGUUUGCUUCAAACAGGUACUGUUUGUCCUCUCAUGGAAACUCAGCUGCCCUGAGGGUUGAAGAUGAUGGCUGAUUAAGCUGCAGCAACUGAAGCCAGAAUAUGAAAACAUAAAAGAAGAGUGUGUUGCUGCAACCUGUGUAAAAAUGUUGGAGUUGCAUGGGCAUUUUCCUGGCAGAAGUGGGAGCGCAAAGGAAAAUGUCAGCUGACAGCUUGUCAAGCAAAGCCCUCAAGAUCAAGCGGGAGAUGGGUGAAAAUACGCCACACCUCUCCGAUGAGGAGCUGAUGGGAUUGUCAGUGCGGGAACUUAACCAUCAUCUGCGAGGCCUCUCCAAGGAGGAGGUAGCACGGCUGAAGCAACGUCGGCGCACUCUGAAGAACCGUGGCUAUGCGGCCAGCUGCCGGGUGAAGCGGGUGUGUCAGAAGGAGGAGCUGCAGAAGCAGAAGACGGAGCUGGAGAGGGAAGUGGAUAAGCUAGCGCGAGAGAAUGCUGCCAUGCGCCUUGAGCUGGAUGCCUUGCGUGGCAAGUAUGAGGCGCUGCAGGGCUUUGCCCGUACUGUCACUGCUCAUGGCACUGCUGCCAAGGUGGCUACUGCCAGCGUGAUUACCAUUGUCAAAUCUGGCUCCAACCAGGCCACAUACUCCUAGUGUCUAGAAGGCCAAGUCACGAACUGAGUCCUGUUGCCAUGCCUCUGCCCAGCUCUCACCUAGAAUGGCUGUAGCUGCACUGGCCCCUCUCCAUUUCUUCUGCCAUUCGAAGGAGACUGAAACGACUUGAAGACAAAAUGGCUGAAUAUUACACUUCUUCCUUUCCCCCCAUAUCUUUACUGGGAGAGGAUGGGAAGGUAGUGUCUGACUUGGAUAAUUUUAGUUGUUAAAAAUGCUCUGGCUUGGAAUGCAGUGGCCAGUUACCCCUUUUCCUGCCCCUGACCAUUUUUUGCUUUCUUGUCAUGUUUAUCAGAUUUUCUUCUCUUGCCCUUCUGGAUACAGCCACAAAUUAAUGUAGCAGGAUGGGCCUGGAGAUACUGUCUCUGCUAUACCUUUGACUGCAAGGGAAGUGAAAGGGAACUAAACUCUUUAUUGUGAAACUGAAGGGAUACUAGAUUGAAGCCCGCUUGUGCUCAAGAAGAGCUUAGGGCUAGGAAUGUAGUAGCCAUGUAGGUGGUCUUCAAGGGCCACAAAUUUCCUAGUCUUUUGGUGGCCCAGCUCUUGUCUGUCUCCAUAUUUUAGCUCUACCUUCGUAGGUAUAUGCACUGUUUGGCUCAAACAAAUGUGUUCUGUUCAGUUUGAACUGUUUGUUAUUUGAACUGGCUCUAGUCCCACCAGACUGAGCUGCUAAUGAAUGGGCAAGCUCAAUGGAAGGAAAGGAAAGGAGAAGGUGGUAGCAAGAGGCAAGAAAGGGAAUUACUGCUGUGUGGUCAUAAGGCUGAUGCAAGUGAUGAAUCAUUGAAGUGCAGGCCAGCAAGAAAGAGAGAGCCAAUUGCUCCCAUCUCAUCAGAUGAUGAUAUGAUAGUGCACACCAUAGUAACUAGAAGAGGCAGCUGCUGUCUCCAGCUGUGUAGGCACAUCAUUCUAACAGUGGCCUGGGCUGAGCUUUCCCAUUCUCAGGGAUAGCACAGGAGCAGCUUUCUAAAGAGGGUGAACAAGAGGGAGAAAGUAAAGAGGGAAGGUAGUAAGAUGAAGCAGAAGAAAAAUGGAUCAAGCAUGUGAAAUGACUGAAUAGGGAAUGAGCCGCAGGAGUUAUACGCCAGGAAAGUCUUUCAGUUUUAGUGGGAAAAGGGAUGUAUAUGUUGUGGGGGGGAAGUAGGUCACUAUGGCAGUUUUUCAACCAUUUUUGCAGUAUUUCUGCUGAAUAUAUGGUGAAGGGUAUCACAACCGGGGAACAGACAAAUACCAGAAUUCCUCUAAGCAGAAAGAAACCCCAGUGCAAUAGUCAAGAGUCUGCACGUGAUGGCAGAUCAGACUGUGUGAAUGUAAAUUGCCUCUCAUGUGAAACAUGUUGCCUAUUCAUGAUCUGUCUGGGCAAUCCAUUUUUGCCUAUCUACCAUCACGUUUGCAGUGGUGCCUAGAAUCUUGGCCAAAACAAAACCCUUGAGACAAAAAUACGAGUACACACACAUGAAGGGGAGACUGAUAUACUUGCCUAUUGCAUAAUAUUUCGAAGCUGGCAAGCAAACGAGUUUGGGUGGCAUAGGUGCAAAUGCCCCUUCAUGAAUAUAUGAAGGGGGAUUAGAUGGAUUUUGAAGGUACCUUCCAUCCUUAAGUUUAUAUGCUAACAUAAGAACUGGUGAGUGUUUAUGGGCAGUCGCUUCCAGGCAUGUGACACAGUGACUUAUUUAAGUGACAAACAAUUAACCCUCUAAUUUUUAGACAUAUGGUUGGGUUCACCCAUCCUGCAGCUUACCAUGACAUCCUCCACCUUAUGAUGGAAUCAGCUUCAGAACCAGUGUUGUCCGUCCAACCUCCCUCUCUAUUGCCCUUUGGUCAUCCUUAUGGGGGUUCCUUCUUCCUCAUUUUCUACCCCCAUCCUUGUUUCCCCUUGUUCCGACCCUGUGACUUAUUUAUUGCACAAAUAUAAGUUAUUUUCACGUCCUUUAUGCCAUUCCGCCUUGUGGCACGGCCAGGAUGUUGGUACAGAGCCGUACUUUAUAUUUUAUAUAUGCAAAUCACAUUUUAUCGUCUAUAGAGCAAGAAAAAAAAGUACUUAUUUAUUUUCUGACUUACAGUAAGUGUCCUCCCAGACUCCUCUGUAUUUUGUAGACUUUACAAAUAAAGCCAGUUUUUUUUUCCAAAAUGGAAACGCUGAAGACAA